GCUGCCAACAGGUGAAUAUUAACAAGCAGGGAAACAGAAACACCUCAGGAGUACCUUUUUAAUUUUCGACGGAGCCAGACAAACGCUGCCUGUAAGCCUACAUUUUCGAAGUCAGUGAGUCUCCUGUUGUAAUGGUGGUGGAUUUUUUUUUAAAACACCUGGAUGACGUUUCCAAACCAAGAGCCUGCCUUUCUCUCCUGCAGUCAACACACGAGUGCAGUAAUAUCUUAAAAAAAAUACCAGCCUUUCAUCCUGCAUGUUCUCUUGCCUUUCCCCUGCUAUUCCCCUGAACCAGCGAAAUCCUCAAACAUUAUCUACCUGCUCGGCCCUUUUGCACAGGUGCUUCCAUUUGCUGUGAAAGCUUCUUCCACAGCGAAGCCACCGUUUUCUCACUCCAGAAAACCUCAAUUUCCAGAUGAUGCGGACGGACAGCAAAGGCCGCAGUGCCUCACCUCACAGGAUAACCUAUAAGUCUGACUUUCACGCCAUCAAAUGUUCUUUCGACACUGGGACCAGUCUAACACCGGGGUCAAAAGCUGCUGACAGGCUGCCAUCUAGCCUCUUAAAUCCCAUCAUGCCCCACACCACCACCAGCAGCAGCAUCAGCAGAGGAAGGGUCUCCAGCACUAGGGGGACCAAGAUCAGAGACAACAUCUUCCUGCAAAUGGACAGCCAACAGCUGAAACAAGAUGGCAGUUCACUUCUUAGUUCUGGCUCCACUCCUCUGCUUUCUCCCCAUAAUCCUAUUCUACAGCUGCAGAUUUCCCCUUUCUCUGGAUCCAGACAAUCACUCGGCAGCUCCUCAACUCUGGAAGACAAACCUUCCAGAUCGGAGGAGAUCACAGAUAUUGAAAGAGCUGCACUUUCUCAGAAGUUCUCUGUAACCCGGAGGUUGUUUGAGACUAAAGUUAUGGAAGGGAGUGGUGGAGGGCAGGUUAUGAAAGGAGUUGCCAGCAGAGGAAGUAAGGGGAUGGAAGACCAGAAAGGAGAAGAGGUGGACAGGAGAGGAGGAGGCAGCCAGGAGGAAAAAGAGGGAGAGGCAAGUGGGAAAAGGACGCACAUAGAAGAGGUUCGCUUUGAUAAAGAGGUAUCAAUUAACCUUGCCAUCAUAAAUAUUUCCAAUAAGCCACUUGCAGCGGCCUUGACGACAAGUCACCCUAAAUCUCCUGUAUUGAACAGCCCUGGUGAAGCAUCCAACAAAUCUUCCUCUUCCAAUCCUGUGAAAACUGAUGAAAUUUCCGAUUCAAAAGUAGAGGAAGAAAAGGCAAAGAAUGCCCUUUGCUUAACAGCUGAGCAGCCAGUGAGGGCAGAGUUAAUUGACAUAAAGAAUGAGUCCUCGGAGAGUGAUGAGAACGAAGAAGAAAAGGCCAAAUACUGGCUUAAGGAUGAGGGGGGAAAGAAUACAAACAGAGUUGUAGGAGAAAGUGUGACAGAGCUAGAUGAUGAUGUUUUUGAGGAGCCAAACAUUGAAAUAACACCGGGUGGACCUUAUGCACCGCAAAACCGAAUUGAGUCAAGAGCAGGCGAAGAACCGAAAGAGUUACCAGCCAGCAAGUUGUGUAAAAGAGAGAAUAAGUUUGACGGGGAAGGUGGAAGAGACAAGUAUCGGCAGGUAAACGAACAAUGGGAGGGGCACAGCAGACAGUUUGUUGCAUGGCCUGAGAAGUCAACAGAACGGGGAGAAAGCAGUGAGAAAAUGACAGAUGCAGGAGUGGAGGACAGGAAAGAGGGAGGCAUGAUGCAUGGGGAGGACAACGAGGUUGAGUGGUACACUGUGGGAAAGGGGAAAGGUGAAAGCAGAGAAGGUGAGGAAUGCAAAGAGAGUCGGACCAGAGAAGACGAGGAAAGUGAGAGUGGGGACGUUUCAACAUCUGACCUGGAGGAGGUCAAGCAAGAGGAGUGCAUAGAAGGCCGUGAAGGAGGCAAAGAGGACCGAACAGAAUCUACUGCUGUCUUUGGGAUUGAGAACGAGGCUUUUGUGCCUGAGCCAUCACCGAAAAAGGAAGUGGAAAACUCUAUUCCUGCAGGAAGUCCGUUUUUACAUGACUUCAUGGAAAUUCCUGGUGUACCUGAACUGUCUGAUGAGGAUGCAGAGGAAGUUUCAAACAAAAAGGUGAAGUUCUCAUCAGCACCGAUCAAGGUGUACAACACUUAUUCUAACACAGAGUACGACAGACACAAUGAGGAUAUUGACCCAGUGUCUGCCUCUGCUGAGUUUGAGCUGGAGAAGAGAGUGGACAGGAUGAACGUCUUUCCAGUGGAGAUAGAAAAAGGUGAUGAUGGUCUGGGAAUCAGUAUCAUAGGAAUGGGUGUAGGUGCAGACCAGGGACUGGAAAAACUAGGCAUUUUUGUCAAGACAGUCACUGAGGGUGGAGCCACACAGAAAGAUGGAAGGAUUCGGGUGAAUGAUCAGAUAGUGGAGGUGGACGGGUUGAGUUUGGUUGGAGUCUCCCAGCUGUUUGCUGCUACAGUCCUUAAGAACACAUCAGGCCUCGUCAAGUUUCUGAUUGGCCGAGAAAAGGAGGGGGUGGAGAGCGAGGUGGCGCGACUGAUCAAUGAAAGCCUUGAAAUGGAUAAAACAUCCAGACAGAGUGGAGAUGAGGAUAACCUCGGGGGCAUGUCAGAGAGGGAGUCAUUGGCUGAAGAAGAGGAAGAUGAUGAAGAGGAGGAUGUGUCUUUUCUUUCCUGUCUGGACAACGAGCAUCUCUGCUUCAAAUACCAGCAGCUUCAGUCUAAACUACAAAGAAGAGCAGCAGAACUUCACAAUGCAACUGCAAAGUUAAAGGUAUGGGAGGAGCGGCAGGAUGAGGGAGGAGCCAAAGGCAGAAGAGCAGACAACAAGGCCAAGAGGCUGGUGCGAGAAUACCAGAGCAGAGAAGAAGAGAGGGAGCGAAGAGAAGCCGAUUUAAGGAGAGAAAUGGAGGAGAGAGAUAAGCAGCACAGAGAGACGGUUGAAAGACUGCAAAUCCAGGUAGCACAGCUGGAGAGAAAGGAGCCUGCACCUGAGAGACAGAACCACUCUGUGGACUCUUCAUCUACAGGUCCUGACUGGCAUAUCCCUCUCCCUGAUACUGGACGUCUUGACUCCAGCGCCCAUAUAGCCAGAGCUCAGCUGGCCCAGAAAUCAAAGCGUCACCCGCCAUCCAGAGACAAACUCCGAGAAAGCUUUAGAAAACAGGAAGAAGAACUUCAGAAACAGGAGAGCGUUUCACUGUCGGCAUCCUCAGCGGUACAAAGGAUCAGCAGGAGUGACUUCUCCAGCUCCUCGUCUUUCCCAGCCCUCAGCCCUCAACCUCCCACCAGCUCCAUCUUCACACCUCCUAUCUACAUCAAUGACAAUGUCACUCCCUCACCCUGCAAAUCCUCUGCCACCAGAAAGUCUAAAAGGAAAUUUCCUGGCAUCAGUGGCCUUCGUAAGUCUCUGAACAAGAGGAGAAGUGAGAAACAUCGUAAAAGGUCCACGAACAGAGCGUCAUGUGGUGACCUGGUGGACGAGCCUGUUGGAAGUUCUCCUUCAGGCUCGGUCACCUCUAUGCCUUCCUGUCUGCCUUUCCCGUGGUUUGGAGAGCGAGGGAGGGAGAAGGAAGUAGAGGUGGAGCGAGGCAGGGAGAGACUCCGCUCUGUGUCCAGCAGCAGCCUGCCCUACCUAACCACCACAUGUAGAAGAGAUCAGAGUGUUGGCUCUCCGGUUCGUAGCUCAAGCAUGGAGGGUCAUGUUUCUGAUCACUCUCUUUCUGGACACUCUUACACUUUUACCUUUUCCUCUUCUGAGACAUUGGAUGAUGAACCACUUCCUACCAACAACAACAACAACCAGUGGCAGAGUCGACCUGUGAUGGACUGGAACAACCAGCAGGUGUGUCUGUGGUUAAUCGCCAUGAACAUGGACCAGUACACAUCAGCGUUUGCUGCCAGAGGAGUUGAUGGGACGCAGCUGCUUAACUUGGACAGUGAGAAACUCAAGGCUCUGGGUGUGUGCAGUCACAGUGACCGGUCUACCCUCAAGAAGAAGCUGAAGGAGAUAAAGAAGAGUGAGGAAAAGGAACAGAGGAAAGGAGAAAAGAGGCAGAAGGAGGGAUAUGAGAAGAAAAACAAUUUUUUAGAUAAGGAAAAUGAAGAGAAGGCCAGAAUGAUUUUGGAAGAGCGGUCGGUAAAAGAUGUCAGAUGUAGUGGAAAAACUGUAAGAACCGAGUCACUUCUGUAAAGGUCAUGUCUGAGAAGCUCCACCAGCAUGAGGACCACACUUGAAACAAUUUCUGUUUAGUUGAUAGAACCAGUUACAUAUUGCACACAUCCUCUACUGUUCACAUGUUGAAAUGAAUCAUUUAGGAUAUCAAACAUUUAUUGGUUUUAGCUGGUGAAAAUAUCUAUAGAGCGGAGGUUGACUUGAACACCAAGGUUCACCAUUUGUGAAGUGACAUUUUGCUACCUUACCAUUUUAUUCUAUUUUUUAAUCAUGAACUUUAAAUUCUAAUUACAAUAAUUUUAAUAUAUAAUAAUGUGCUGAUUUAAGCACAACUGUAUUUGCUUUAAAUGUUUUUUUUAAUGUAUGAAUAAAUAAUGCUUCAAAUGUC